AAUUUCCUUUAACUAAAAAACAUGUAAUGUCAAAAUAUUUUUCGCUUCGUUGUUUCUAUGUUGCAAUAGACAUAUCCUUAUUGAAAUUGAUAAACAACGGAAUAUAAAGACGAAGUUUGGAUUUCUUUGUCCUUUUUAUUUAAUUAAUUGCGUAUUUCCCUUUUCUCAAUUACUCUUAUCAUAAAACUAAAUGUUUCAAAUAUACGAUGGAUGAUGACAGUGUGUUAACUACUUUAAAAAUUUUAAUUAUUGGCGAAAGUGAUGUAGGAAAGUCUAGUUUACUUCUUCGAUUUACUGAUGAUGUUUUUGACCCUGGUUUAGCUGCUACUAUAGGAGUGGAUUUCAAAGUUAAAACUGUAUCUAUUGAUGGAAAUAAAGCCAAGUUAGCAAUAUGGGAUACUGCUGGUUCUGAAAGAUUUAGAACAUUAACUCCAAGUUAUUAUCGUGGAGCGCAAGGGGCUAUCUUAGUUUAUGAUGUCUCUAACAGGCAAAGUUUUCAAAAAUUAGACCAAUGGUUAUAUGAACUAGAAACAUACUCAACACGUACUAACAUUAUCAAAAUGUUAGUUGGCAAUAAAAUAGACAAGGAUAACAGGGCUGUGUCUAGAGAAGAAGGGAUGAAAUAUGCACGAAAACAUUCAAUGCUUUUUAUUGAAGCCAGCGCUAAAACUUGUGAUGGUGUUCAGUGUGCAUUUGAAGAAUUGGUUGAAAAGAUUUUACAGACACCAGGACUUUGGGAAACAGAGAACCCCCAAGGAUUUUCUCUCACAGAUGUGUCAAACAGAGCAAAUGAGGGAACUUGUACUGGUUACUGUUCCAUGAUAUGAUACACUAAAAAGUCCUAUGAUAGAAGUGAUUGAUAAAUGUGAUGUGUUUACUAAAGUCCUUAAUAAGAGAACAUUAUGCAUCUGAUAAUUUAAUUAUUAUGUUCUAUAUUUAUAUAAUUUCUUCUUACUCUCUUAUUUAUCUUUUCUUUAAAAAAAAAAUGAAGUGUAUUAUUUGUGCCACUUAGUGUUUGAAAUUAAAAUAUUUUGAAACU